AUGUUCAACAUCUCCCGGUCACGAUCGACGUUCAACACCUUAGCUACCGUAGAAUGUAUUGAUUCAGCUAAGUCACCUGAUCAGUUUACUGAUUUAGCUCCUGCACCUGUUGAACUGAUGCAAGAAAAAUUGGUAGGAAUUGGAGUGCCCCGAGAAAAAACUAGCAAUUCCGUUAUAAGUGACCCAGUGUUGCAAUCUUCUAAUGAGCAUGUUACUGCAGGGGAAGAUUCGCACAAGAAGAACAUGGCAACGAAAAAUGUUGCUGAGCCCUCAGAUUCUGAUAAAACAUCCUCACAAAAAUAUCAGGGUGUGGAAAAGGAGUCUCUUGAAGUGAGGAAUGAUGAAAAUAAAUUGAAAGAGAAUGAGGGUCAAUCCAAAAAUAGAAAUGCUGAAAAGGAUGUCAAGCAAGAUGGUGAAUAUCAAUCACACAAAUCUAUGUAUAGGCAUAGCAAGGAAGAUGGAAAAAAGUAUGAAGAAGUAGGGCGAAAAACAGGCAGUGAAAAGACUGAAAAGGAACGUCAAAUAAAGUUUGACAGGGUAGACAACAGAAAGUCUGAGGAAGGUGGCCGACGAAAGCCUAUUGAGAAGGGCAUGAAAAAAUUGGACGAAGUAGACCACAAAAAAUCUGGAGAGCUAGUUUGUAAAAAAACUGAUGUAAAGCGCUGCACAAAGUCUGAAGAUGGACGACGACACGGAAAUUCCGACGAAAAAAGCCGCACUAAACCUUAUGAGAGAGGUCAAAAAAAUCGUGAUGAGAGAAGAAAUAAAAAUCAUGAUGAGAGAGGCCAUAAAAAUAAUGAUGAGAGGAGCAAAGCAAAGCUUCCCUCACAAGAAAAAACGUUAGAAAAUUUGGAUAAACCUGAUAAGAAAGCUCGUGAUACAGUUUCAGACACAAUUGCUUCUGGCAAGAUGGUCCUUGGAAGGAAAGAGCCAACUGAUGAUUUGAGUGAUGACAAAAAUGAGAAUGGAAAGAACCUUUUACGAAGUGAACGCGUAAGGUCGAAAUCUCGAUCUAAUUCCCAGGGCGAGAACCGGCUUUCAACGAGAAUGGAUCGAAAACCUCGUGAUGCAUGGAAUCGACGGUUACCUGAAAGACGUAAACGUUCCUCCGAAGUUGAUUCUCCCGCUUCUGAAAAUCGAAUGCGUUUGCACAGUAGGUCGCCAAGAAGAUCAGGACAUUUUCCUAGUGACAGAAAUCGUAGGUCUCCACCGUUUCGUCAUCGAUCAUCAGAUAGUCAUAUUCUCAAGCGAGAAUGCAAUUCUCCUGAAAACUCGAGACUUCACGACCGGAGAAUUAACAACCCUGAAGCCCCAUAUCACGAAUCGAAGAUUUAUCCCAGGAACCUUGGCACUAGACCGCCCGACUGCAGAGAUGGAUUGUUUAGUCGAACGUUCGCGGCUGGUAAUGAACAUCGUUUCAGCUCUGUCCAUUCUCUCCCAAAUUCAGGGAUACCACCAUUGUUCCCAAGAAAUACGUCCAUUCACCAUGAGCACGGCAUACAUGGUCACAUGUCCCCACCUUGGGUACCUUCGAGAGGGAACACUAGAUCUCCCGAUAGAUACUUUUCUCAAUCAGAACGUCAUAGAUCACCGUUACGAAGAACACCAGAC